AUGAUUGCCCAGCUCAAACAGUCUCUUUCACAAAAUGCAGCUUUUGAAAAGAGAUGUUCGGAAAAGCCCAUGGCGGAGCAAUCAAUUAGAGACAGAUUAAAAGCAUUAACUGAUAGCGCAAACCUGUGGCAACAGAAAACUCAAAAGCCUGUUUUACCAUUAUUUAGAAGAAAAAGCAGUGCCGCCUUAAAAGAGAUUCAACUAGGCAAAAAUGCGGCUUCAGAACCGAGCUCAAUCGAUAUUUCUUCGGGACUAAACACGUUUUUCAAAGCGACUCACAGCUGCAGCCAAACUCAUUAUGAGCCGGAACAUGUUGACCUCGACGCAAUCUCCAAUGCCGUAACACCUCUAUUGACCGCGCCGAGAAGGCCAAGGGGUCCAAAUAGAAAACGAUCUGGAUUGCAAAGUGAUUCGAGAACUAAAUUAGAAGCUGUGAAAAUUAAUGAAAGCAAUUUUGUGGAACCCGUGAAAGAUCAUGAAAAGAUCGAAACUCAAGAAGCGGCAAUUGCGGUCCUUAAAAACGCAAAAACUCUACUCAAAAGCCCUACAAAAAAAUCUGAUUACCCAGAAGUAAUGCUAAUUCAAAUAAGAGGCUCAAAGCACGUUGAUGUUCGCUUGGUCGCGCCUAAAAUGACUUCAAUUCAUGAAAAUGCCUGUUUCAUUCUUGUACAUCAUAAGAAUCUAUUGAAAUAUGAAGGUGUGUAUAGUAAUAUUCUCGAGAAGACGAAAACUACUCAAUUAUGCAUUGAAAUAACCGGAAAAGCGGAUCUUAAUUGCACAGUGGAAACGGCAACGCAUGUAAAUGAAUACCAAAAGCACAUGCUUCAACGUUUUCUUUCAAACUCGGAAAAUGAGCCGACAACGAGCAAACCAAUCGAGGAUAAUAAUAACGCCAUGGACUUUGGGGGAUAUGAGCCAUUUGAGAAUGUUGCCGCAAAAUUAAAUCUCGUUUUUCGAAUUGCGAAUGACAAAAGUGCUCAGGCUUGUUCAAGAAGUGAACGCUUAUCCAUUGCAAUUUUACAGCCCGAUGAGACUCUAAUAUUUGAUUUUGGCACUGAAAUAUAUGUGUGGUCUGGAAGAAAUUCGAAUAAGUUGACGACAGCGUAUGCCACGGAAUAUGCAAAACAGCUGAUCAACAAACCACUGAAAUCUGCGAAAGCAGUAAUCGGAGAGGAUGAGCUCGACCGUCGUCCUGAUUGGAUAUUGUUCCGGAAACUUCAUCAAGGCGUCCUUGACACGCUAUUCAAGGCUAAGUUUAGCGACUGGAAGGAUGAAGAAGGCCCCAUGACUACAUGCAGACCACAGCCGCUUUUCAAAAUAAAGAAAGAGGAAUCAAUUGCUGUUGACAAAAGUAAUGAUGACGUCGAGUCCGAAGAGCUUGCUGAAAAACUGCGCUCCGAAACCUCUUUGGAACCACUAAUGAUUCUUGAAGAUCAAGAAAUUGACCGAAGAAUGCAGGAUGUUGUCCCCGAAGAUAUGUCCCUUUGGUAUCUAAGUGGCGAAGUUCUCACCCCCGUCGAAUUUACAUCAACAUUCUUAUCCACGAGAUGCUAUGUUCUUAAAUGGCAGUAUCGCAUACAAAAAUCGGGAAUCCGACGCAUCACGACCGGAAAAGCGGAGGAACGUGAAACGGGCCGGUCACGAAUGGCGUUCUUCUAUUGGCUUGGAGAACGAACAACUCCGAAGCAACAUGGUCUAUGUGCACUAAGGAUCAAAGAUAUUGAUAAAGAAAAUAGUCCACGGAUCCGGGUGGUACAGGGCAAUGAACCCGCGUUGUUCCUUGCGCUUUUCCAGGGCAAAUUCGUAGUCAGAUGUGACUCAACGGUUAAACCCAAAAAGCUUUUUGUUGUUACUGGUGCUAAUACUUCUGAAGUAAGCCUUCGCGAAAUCGACGACGAAUCGCAGAAACUUCGGUCUCAUGCAGUUUACGUAGAAGAAAACGAAGCAGAGACAACUCUGAUUUGUGGCGCCUUCUCCUCCCGAACACAGGUUCAAUUGGCUCUUUCAGCCGUUGGCGGGGAGCCAAAAAUCGAAGUCGAAGGCGAUUCGCAAAGGAAAUGGGUUAAUUCUGAAGGACGAGAGCGUUCCAUGAGAGUGUGGAGAAUUUUUGAGAAUAAGGCAGAGAUGGUAGAACACCUUAGUGGGCAUGCUGACUGCUCAUUCACAUUCGACGCGAGAAUUCUUGCCGACGAUAUGAUGCUCAUUGAUGUCGGAGGUGCUCUAUGGCUCUGGACACCGGAAGUUGUAACAACUUUUGCAUUAAAGUUGGCUGACAAAUACUGGAAAGGUAGAAAUGGCCCUGCUCGUGUUAUAUACCGUAACGGUGAACCGGAAGCGUUCAAGGCUUUAUUCCAAAAAUGGGAGGAGACUGAAGAAAAAGGCCCAGAUGCGCAGAAUCUUAGAAAACUAUUGAGUGAGCGUUGUCGACAUUUUACCGUGAAAGAAUUACGUGAGAGGACUAAUCUUCCGGCCGGGAUGAACUUGAAGCGAUUGGAAAGUUAUUUGUCCGACACUGACUUCCAAGAAGUCUUCCAAAUGAGUCGCACGGAAUUUUAUGCAAUGAAAGCCUGGAAGCAAAACGAGGCUCGCAAAAAAGUCGGCCUUUUCUGA